CUCCCCCUCCCUCCCCGCCCCCCCAGUGGCGCUGCCUCCUCCAAAUGAGCGAUUCGCCCGCUGGAUCUAACCCAAGGACACCCGAAAGCAGCGGCAGCGGCAGCGGCGGCGGCGGGAAGAGGCCGGCGGUGCCGGCGGCGGUGUCCCUCCUGCCCCCGGCGGACCCCCUGCGCCAGGCGAACCGGCUCCCGAUCAGGGUCCUGAAGAUGCUGAGCGCUCACACCGGCCACCUCCUGCACCCGGAGUACCUGCAGCCGCUGUCCUCCACUCCCGUCAGCCCCAUUGAGCUGGACGCCAAGAAGAGUCCGUUGGCGCUGCUGGCCCAGACCUGCUCGCAGAUCGGCAAGCCCGACCCGCCGCCCUCCUCCAAGCUCAACUCGGUGGCCGCGGCGGCCAACGGGCUGGGAGCCGAGAAGGACCCCGGCCGCCCCGGCGCCGGCGCCGCGUCCGCGUCCGCGGCCCUCAAGCAGCUGGGGGACUCGCCGGCCGAGGACAAGUCCAGCUUCAAGCCCUACUCCAAGGGCUCCGGCGGCGGCGGCGGCGGCGACUCCCGCAAAGACAGCGGCUGCUCCUCCGUGUCGUCCACCUCCUCCGCAUCCUCCUUGUCCCCGGGAGACAAGGCGGGCUUCAGGGUCCCCAGCGCCGCCUGCACGCCCUUUCCCCCGCAUGGAGCGCCCGUCUCCGCGUCCUCGUCGUCGUCCUCGCCCGGCGGCUCCCGGGGCGGCUCCCCGCACCACCCUGACUGCAAGACCGGCGGCGGCGGCGGCGUUGGCGGCGUUGGAGGCGUUGGCGGCGGCGGCGGGGAGCUGGACAAGAAAGACCAGGAGCCCAAGCCCAGCCCGGAGGCUGCGGCCGUGAGCCGCGGCAGCGGUGCGGAGCCCAGCGCGCACGGUGGUGGCGCCGAGGCUGGGGCCUCGGGGCGCAAGUCCGAGCCGCCCUCGGCGCUGGUGGGGGCCGGCCACGUGGCGCCCGUGUCCCCCUACAAGCCGGGCCACUCGGUGUUCCCGCUGCCACCCUCCAGCAUCGGCUACCACGGCUCCAUCGUGGGCGCCUACGCCGGCUACCCGUCUCAGUUUGUGCCUGGCCUGGAUCCUAGCAAGUCUGGCCUCGUGGGAGGCCAGCUGUCGGGGGGCCUGGGCCUGCCUCCGGGCAAGCCCCCCAGCUCCAGCCCGCUCACCGGGGCCUCCCCGCCCUCCUUCCUGCAGGGAUUAUGCCGCGACCCCUACUGCCUGGGAGGUUACCACAGCGCCUCGCACCUUGGCGGCUCCAGCUGCUCCACCUGCAGCGCGCACGACCCCGCGGGGCCCAGCCUGAAGGCCGGGGGCUACCCGCUGGUGUACCCCGGGCACCCGCUGCAGCCCGCUGCGCUCUCGUCCAGCGCCGCCCAGGCCGCGCUCCCGGGCCACCCGCUCUACACCUACGGCUUUAUGCUGCAGAACGAACCGCUGCCGCACAGCUGCAACUGGGUGGCGGCCAGCGGGCCGUGUGACAAGCGCUUCGCCACCUCAGAGGAGCUGCUCAGCCACCUACGGACUCACACGGCCCUGCCGGGCGCCGAGAAACUUCUGGCCGCCUACCCCGGGGCUUCGGGCCUGGGCAGCGCCGCCGCAGCCGCCGCGGCCGCCGCCUCCUGCCACCUGCACCUCCCCCCGCCCACCGCCCCGGGCAGCCCCGGGUCGCUGUCAUUGCGGAGUCCACACACUUUGGGGCUGAGCCGGUACCACCCCUAUGGCAAGAGCCACUUAUCCACAGCUGGGGGCCUGGCCGUGCCCUCCCUCCCCACAGCCGGACCCUACUACUCACCGUAUGCGCUGUACGGACAGAGACUAGCCUCAGCCUCCGCACUGGGAUACCAGUAACUACAGCUCUUGCUCCCCCCACCCUCCCCUCCUUUCCCCCUCCCUCUCCUUUCCUCCCCCCUGCCGCCUCGCCGCUGCCAACCUCCACUACUGCUUCUCCCUGCCGGGGUUCCCCGCCCAGACCCUCCCCACCGGACUGUGUAUUUAUUUACUAUAAUGUUAGCUUACAAGCUGGGAAUAUAAGUGCAUUAACGGCCCACACGAGUCAAUGGUAUGCAAAAAGUCUGUGUUCCCCAAAUAAUAAUAUUAAUCACACAAAUAACCACAUGUUCCCCACCGCUCUUCCUUUCUUUUAUUUUUUUUUCUUUUUCUUAGAUAUAAGGUUUUUUUGUUUGUUUGUUUUGCUUUUGCUUUUUUUUUUUUUUAUUGGUUUGGUUUUAGGGGGAGGAGGGAGAGUUGGGGUUCUGGGGUUCUAUUUGUUUUCCCUUCCUGGGGCGUUUCUUGCAUGCUUCCUAACGGUUAAGACUACAUUUCUCCCUUCUCUUUUCCCCCUCUUUCCCCUUCAUUUCUUCUUGUUUCCUUACAUUUGAGGUUCUGUUUUAUCCUUUGUACGAGUAACAGAGAGGAGAUAUUUUUUGUAAAGCAUUUGGGGGGUGCAGGGAUCUGCCUUGGUGGCAAGACGUCUUGCGCAUUCUACUGACCCAGAACUCUGCUCUGUGAUUCCUCCCCUGCCACCCUCUCCUUCUGGGGCCCUUGGUCUGUGCCCUGGCCCCCAAAAUUAGAGCCUUGCUCCUCUAUCUUGCUCUGAGCACUGAGAGCCCCAACCCCUCCAGCAGGCUACCCCCCACCCCCCACCCGGAGAGAGACCUUUCUACCUUCCAGACUCUUCAUGGCUCCAGACAUCCGGUAGUCACACUGCCUGCUGGUGGGGGACCCGCAGGGCUCAUCUUAUUCAAUUAAAAGCCCUAGAAGGCCCUGCUGGUAUAAAACUUUGCUCUUUAUAUUUUGCAAAGUGCAUUGAUAGUCACAGUUUAUUCUCCAUUACUGGGGCAGUGGUCCCUCUCCUGCUGGUAGGGGUAGGGUCAGUGAUUCUUGGCUAGAUCCCUCCAAAGCAGACCAUUGGCAAUAUCAGAGGGCAAUACAACCCUGGUAGCUCCAUUGGGAGAUAGCUGGGGAGUUUGGGGAGGACAUGGAUCACAGUAGCCCCAUCACCCCCUCCCAGGCCUGACCCAACAGAAUCCCCAAGUUGGCCGUGGGCUUCCGUGGGCUCCCUCAGUGACUGGGAUUGAAGACUCGGACCCUGGGUCUUCUCCCCACACCUUCCCUCCCUCCUGGUCUUAUGCAGCAGUGGGGGGUGGGGGUGGGGUGGGGCCUGUUUGAGAUGAACAGAGCUCUCCCUUGGUAAGACUUAUUUUGUUAAUAAAUGGAAUACUUGGCUAUAUUCA